AUGGAUUCCAAGUACUUGCGUUUAUCCCAGGAUGCAUCAGAUCUGCUUUAUUCAGGAAACGAAAAGGAGGGAAAUGGCCGCCGACCUCGGUUCUCGUGGCGAAAUCUGAUAUUGUCGCUCUCGCCCACGCCAACAGGCUUCGCCAAGGUCGACUCUCUCACGACCACAUGGGACCAAUUCUGGUGGAACACGGCUUACAGUCCCAAGAACCACUCCGAUAGCGACGAGCUGUGGGAAGCUAUCCUCCCGUCCCAUGGUUUCGUGGCAAUGGACCGAAAAUGGGCGGAGCAGAGACAAUGGCCGGCAUCGAUGUACCUACCGGGCGAUCACAGUAAGGGUGUCUAUCUGUUGGAAGCCUAUCAUCAACUGCACUGUCUGCGGAUCCUACGCAACACGUUUUGGGAAGCCGUUGACCAUCGACCAUUUACCUAUCACCCGUCGAGCCACAUGGAGCACUGUUUUGACACGUUACGCCAGUCUGUGAUGUGCAAUGCAGACAACACUCCGCUCUACACUUUUGGGGACAAGACGGCUGGGGAUGGCCAGCUCCACCGCUGCCGAGAUUGGAAUGAGCUUCGCGAUUUUGCGACCGAGAAUACUGCCUGCUAUCGGGAUUCUGUGGGGGAUAUUCCUCUUGGAGAACAUUUCGGAUAUUGCGAUGAGGGGGUUGAUGGUCUGACCGCAGCUUGA